ACGCACACCACUUCCACUACCCCGCCCUCUUCGCCCUCGGCACCCCCGACAGGCACAAACACAGACGGUGACCUGGACCGUGGCGGGCAUGACAAAGCGAGGGUGUCAGAAAGGGAGAGGGAGAGGGCGGCAUCGUCGAUCGCCCAGCCAGGCCACCGGGGAGGGGGCCACCCCGGCUGGCAGCUGGGUCGUCACCAAGUCGGUGUCCGGCCUUGUGCAGGCUGGCGUGGGUCGGGAGAAGGUGCGGGCCAACGUGCAGCGAGACUCGGACACGCUGCGGCUGCUGUACUUUGCCGCCAGCGACAUCCGGCAGCACCGGCUGCCCGAUCUCCUGCACGGCCGGCGGUACACAGGGGUGAGGCGGUGUGUGCCUGAGUGGCCGGGGUUCCUCAGCCAAGAGGAGCUGGCGGCGGGCAAGGUGGCGAUGAGGGAGGCGCGGGAGGGAGGGGCGGCUGUGAAUAAGCGCAUGACGGACCUGGUGGCUGAGGAGGGGGUUUGUUACGUGAUGGGCAUGGUUGUGGGCACGACGGACAGAAGUAAGUAAAGCGGAACGGACACAAAAGGAAGGAACGUGCCACACGUACGCGCGCACGAGCCGUCACUGUGUGUGUCAUGCAUGCAGGGGGCCACGUAUUCGGUGCCGACACCGUGGACCACUUGUGCCGGCCCCCCAUCCCCAGCCGCCGCCCCCCUGGACCGCUGCUGCGCGGCGCCGUGUCGGUCAACAUGGUCCUCGCCCUUCUCCACAUCCACCGCCACCACCACAUCACACACAACGACUUCCACUACCGGAAUGUGCACAUUGUGGCGGACCUGGAGACGGGCGAGGUCAUGGUCAUCGACUUCGAGAGCGCGCGCCACAUGCAGUCGGAGGAACUGGAGAGCCCCGUCGAUUUCUCUCGUGUCUCGGUGCGCCACCUCGACACCACACUGGACCGGCGGGAGGUGGUCGACGAGACGGUCAUCUACGCCACCGACUGCAUUGGGGCGGCCUCCUCCUUCAUGCUGCUGGCGUCCCCGACAGACGCCACCGCCAAGGGCGUCAAAAAACUGGCCGAGACGGAGCUGGAAGAGCUCCUCAAGGAGUGCGAGGCGGCCCGCAGCCAGCAGGGCGAAGGGGAGGCGGCCCAGGCGACGCGCGAGGGCGCCAGGGAGGCAUACAAGGCAACGGUCGCCAGCAUCGCAGCGGCGGCCAGCAGCCACAUCGAGGAGGCCAUCGAGGCCUCUGAGCAGCCCGAGGCGGCCAAGUGGCAGUGGAAGGCCCUCGGCGCCCUCAGCGUCCAGCUGUAUCGCGAGCUGGGGAUGGGCCACGCUGAUGGGAUGGGGCACGUGGAGAUGUGGGCGAGACUGGAUAAGUUCUACAAUGAUACCAUGACUGGUAAGACAACACACACACACACACACACUGACGGAGAUCAGGCAAGGGAGGAAGAAAAGCAGAUGAUGUGUCAUUGGCCUGGUGGGUGUAUGUGCGUCUUGCUUUCCUGCAUGCAGAGCUCUUCCCAGCUGCGUAGACAAGUUGGUGGUGGCGGUGGUGCACCUCAGCGCUUCGAGACCGAUCAGUGGGGGGUCGGUGCCAGCAAUGGAGGAUUGGUCAGUCGAUUGCUGCCUACAUUUUAUAUCUUGAGGACUAUUUCUCUCAUGUAUCGGUGGACCAGCUCGACGCCACACUCGAGGGGCGGGAGGUGGCUGACGAGGCGAUCACGUACGCCACAGAUUCGUGUGUGUACCGAGACACAUUCGUGCGUGCAUCCGUUUGUGUCUUCUGAUUGUGUUCCCUGGUUUGCAGUGUGUUGGGAACCGUUGUGCGGUGAAGAGCCCCCCUCGUCACCCGACACCUCGCCAAGGCGUCGCCCAGGUAUCUUACCCACACACAUCCGUAUCUCCCCUCUCUGCUUUCUUUCUUAUGUCGUCGUUCUUUUCACUCUUCCUCAGAAAGACGCAAUGAGACCGACAACGACGACGAGACCACCAAGAAGGACGGUGACGACACCAAGAAGGACCCCGACGCCGCCUUCCCGACGCUGCAGCGGUCGGUCUCUCCGCCGCACUCGCCCACUCACCGGCAGACAGCCCAUUUCCCCCGACCAGCCGGCCGCGGCGUCUCCCGGCCGCCGCCGCUCCUUCUAUCUCAGAUUGCCUCAGAGUCUGUGUCCAGCCUUCCUGUCGGGAGGGGGAACGGGCCGGGAUGCGCCGCAUGAGGAUCUCAAGGUGUGCCGGAGGAAAAGGCGAACCAUUUUGACAGCGGCCGCGGGUCACAGCGUGACACUGAAUGAGGAGCAGAUCUUUCAGCAGGUCAAGCGAGCUGAUGAACAUGAUGCCUCAGUGGCAACCGCUGCCUACACUUUAUAUGUCGCCGGCUCUAUUCUUCACGUCUCCGCCUGUCUCCGACCAAGUGCGAGCCGUGCAUAGCCUGUCAACCAAGAG